CUGCUGCCUGAUCACAGAUCGGUUUAACCUGCUCUCUGCUCAUUAGCCCGGGUCUGUUCGUCCGGCAGCAUGUCGACCACAGAGCCGAACCCCGAGCCGAGCCUCGAGCCGAGGCCGAACCCGAACCCCGAGCCAAAACCCGAGCCGAACGAACAGGGGAAGGAGGUUGAGAAAGAGGAGGGUAAUAAGGAGGAGGUGAAGCAAGAGGUGAAAGAGGAGCCCAAAGAGGAGAAAACGGAGGAGCAGAAAAAGAAGAAAGAUGAGCCGAAGGAGGAGAAGAAGGAGUCCUGGAAGGAUUUUAUUUACAACCCGAGGACCGGGGAGUUCAUGGGCCGAACCGCCACCAGCUGGGGUCUCAUCCUUCUCUUCUACCUCGUCUUUUAUGGCUUCCUGGCGGGGAUGUUCCUCCUCACCAUGUGGGUCAUGUUACAAACUCUGGAUGAAAAUGUUCCUUGCCGUCAAGACCGAGUGGCACAUCCGGGUUUGGUGAUUAGACCGCAUGCAGCAGAGAUUUCCUUUAACCGCAGCGACCCAAGCAAGUACAGCGAGUACACCCGCCAACUCCAUGACCUGCUCCAGCGUUAUAACGACAGUAUUCAGGAGCGUAAUGAUUUGUGUAUGGUGGGUGAAUACACGGAACAGGACAAUGAGCCCGUGAAGAAAGUGUGUCAGUUUAAACGCAGUACGUUGCGUCAGUGCUCUGGCCUGUCGGACACCAGCUUCGGAUACGCUGCCGGGAAACCGUGCAUCAUCAUCAAGAUGAAUCGGGUCAUCGGACUGAGACCACGAGGAGACCCCUAUAUCAACUGCACUGCCAAGAGAGACAAACCUUUAAACAUCAAGUACUUUCCAUUGGAAGGUCGUCUGGAUAAAAUGUUUUUCCCUUACUAUGGAAAGAAAGCUCAUCCUGACUACGUGCAGCCCGUGGUCGCUGUGCAGCUGCUGUUGACUAAAGAAGACUACGAUGUGGAGCAGACUGUGGAGUGUAAAGUUGAAGGGUCGGACCUUCGUAAUAAUGAUGACCGGGACAAGUUUCUGGGUCGAGUCAUUUUCAGGGUUAAAGUGUCUGAGUAGGCAGACCUUUGACUCGCCACGGAAACCACAAUCAGAAAAGAAAUCCUCGAUCCAGACACCUCAGAGUCCAGACCUGGUCUGAUCCUUGGUGUCUGAGGCUGGUUCUUCUGGGUAAGACUCUAUAGGGGUCAGAUCUGUAUCUCAGAAUCCUAUUCACUUGAUCCUGGUUCACUUGCUGUUCCUUGGUCCUUUGUUGACCAAUCAGAAACCAGCAAGAUUCCAGUUCAACCAGUUCAGACCAGUGGAGCAGAUCAGGUCUGGUGUGGAAGCAUGUGAUCCAGAAGCACAAAGAUGUUGUUUUUACAUGUCCGUUGUGAUGUCAUAAAAAUCAGAUCCCAGCAGGCAGUAACAGGGCAGCUCUCAGUAUGUUUCUAUGGUGAUAUAAACAGUGUAUUUAUCAUGUUACUGUAAUGUUAUAUCAACGUAAACAUGUCAGUCUAAAUCAAAUGUCUCACAGUCAGACUAACACUCUGAGAUAACAUGGCUGUAGAUCGACUCACUCUGUAUGUUUACAUGUAAUCAGACCCAAACUGCUCAACAGCCUCCCCUAACCCUACUGAGCAUGCUCCACAGCCUCCCCUAACCCUACUGAGCAUGCUCCACAGCCUCCCCUAACCGUACUGAGCAUGCUCCACAGCCUCCCCUAACCCUAUUGAGCAUACUCCACAGCCUCCCCUAACCAUACUGAGCAUGCUCCACAGCCUCUCCUAACCAUGGCUGUAACUGGUGAGUUGAACUGCAUGAAUGCUUAAGAGUCUGUCAGCCUCCAGAUGGUGUUCUGACACUCAAACCAAAAGUGAAGUGUAGAAUAUGUUUGAAACAUACGGUGCCAAAAUGCUUUGGUCAUGUUUUUACCGUUCCACAUGCAGUUAUUAGCAUUUUGCUAACUUGUUAGCAUGGUCAACUGGGAGAAGAUCAAAAGCACCAAGCUGAACGGCGGCAUAUUUCCACCUAAUGUUGCUGAGUUGGACGUGGUCCAUUGAUACAUGGAUACAAAAACAGCCCAGUCCAAUACUCCAAUGAAGAUAUAAGCAUACUCUGACUGUAGUUCACAUGUAAACGUACUGAGACUCAAACUAAAGUUUACUCCUCUUAAUUUUGGAAGCCUUCUCUAGACUCCAGCAGUGCAGUAAUCAAAUAACUCUCCUCAGCAUUUUUAUGAAAUCUAUAAGCACAGCAUUCCAGUCAAGAUCAUUGAUGAUGUGACCUGAUACUGACCAGCAUUUUAGCAAACCAUUUGCACUUUAUAUCCAAGGGUCCAGGGUUUUUCUAUUGGAAAUGAUAAAUAGUUUCAAGAUCAAUGUUAAAAUUGUUUGUAGCAGCACAAUGUUAGGAUAGAAAUCUGAUUACUGACAGCUCAGUACAUCUCUAUAUCUCAGCUGAACCUUCAUGAUUAUGCAACCAGCUGCCAAAAGAGGUUUCAGCUCAAAUUUUACAAAGAUAUUCAAUGAUGACACUGUGAAGCUUAAAGCUGCCACCAUCCUCUACCUGCUGAGAACCACCUGUCAACAUCAGCUUUAUACCUUUAUUCCUGUCCACACCACCCUUAUAUGUUUAAACCUGUCUACACCACCUUUAUACUUUUAAACCUGUCUACACCACCUUUAUACUUUUAAACCUGUCUACACCACCUUUAUACUUUUAAACCUGUCUACGUAACCCUUAUGUGUUUAAACCUGUCUACAUCACCCUUAAACAUUUAAACCUGUCAACACCAUCUUUAUACGUUUAAACCUGUCUACACUGCCCUUAUAUCUUUAAACCUGUUUACACCACCUUUAUACGUUCAAAUCUGUCUACACCACCCUUUAUAUGUUUAAACCUGUCCACACCUCCCUUAUAUGUUUAAACCUGUCAACACCACCUUUAUACAUUUAAACCUGUCUUCACUACGUUUAUAGGUUUAAACCUGUCUACUCCGCCUUUAUACAUUUAAACCUGUCAACACCACCUUUAUACAUUUAAACCUGUCUACACUACCCUUACACGUUUAAACCCGUCUACACCACCCUUAUAUCUUUAAACCUGUCUACACCACCCUUCCACAUUAAAACCUGUCUACGUAACCCUUAUGUGUUUAAACCUGUCUAAAUCACCCUUAUACAUUUAAACCUGUCAACACCACCUUUAUACGUUUAAACCUGUCUACACCACCCUUAUAUCUUUAUACCUGGCUACACCAACCUUUAUACGUUUAAACUUGUCUACACCACCCUUAUAUCUUUAUACCUGUCUACACCACCCUUAUACUUUUAAACCUGUCUACACCACCCUUAUAUCUUUAAACCUGUCUACACCACCCUUAUACUUUUAAACCUGUCUACACCACCCUUAUAUCUUUAUACCUGGCUACACCAACCUUUAUACGUUUAAACUUGUCAACACCACCUUUAUACAUUUAAACCUGUCUACACCACCCUUAUACUUUUAAACCUGUUUACACCACCCUUAUAUCUUUAAACCUGUCUACACCACCCUUAUACUUUUAAACCUGUUUACACCACCCUUAUAUCUUUAAACCUGUCUACACCACCCUUAUACUUUUAAACCUGUCUACACCACCCUUAUAUCUUUAUACCUGGCUACACCAACCUUUAUACAUUUAAACUUGUCAACACCACCCUUCCACAUUAAAACCUGUCUACACCACCCUUAUACAUUUAAACCUGUCUACACUACCUUUAUAGGUUUAAACCUGUCUACACUACCUUUAUAGGUUUAAACCUGUCUACACUACCUUUAUAGGUUUAAACCUGUCUACACUACCUUUAUAGGUUUAAACCUGUCUACACUACCUUUAUAGGUUUAAACCUGUCUACACUACCUUUAUAGGUUUAAACCUGUCUACUCCCCCUUCUAUAUGUGCAAACCCGUCUACUCCACCUUUAUACUUUUAAACCUGUCUACACCAACCUCUCACAUUAAAACCUGUCUACGUAACCCUUAUGUGUUUAAACCUGUCUACACCACCUUUAUACGUUUAAACCUGUCUACACCACCUUUAUACGUUUAAACCUGUCUACACCACCUUUAUACGUUUAAACCUGUUUACACUACCCUUACACGUUUAAAACUGUCUACACUACCCUCAUAUCUUUAAACCUGUUUACACCACCUUUAUACGUUUAAACCUGUCAACACCACCUUUAUACGUUUAAACCUGUCAACACCACCUUUAUAUGUUUUGACCUGUCAACACCACCUUUAUAUGUUUAGACCUGUCAACACCACCUUUAUACUUUUAAACCUGUCGACACAACGUUUUUACGUUUAAACCUGUCUACAUCACCCUUAUAUGUUUAAACCUGCCUACAUCACCCUUAAACAUUUAAUCCUUUCUACACCACCUUUAUACGUUUAAACCUGUCUACACUACCCUUAUACCUUUCAACCUGUCUACACCACCUUUAUACACACACCAACCUGUCAGCAGCAUGUUGGAACUGUGAGCAACUUAUCAACACCACCUUUGUAAUUGCCCACCCUCUUUUCACCACCACUCCAUUUAACCCUUUAAGCCUUAUCUAACAGGCCUCACUUAUUUGUCCCCCAUAAGGAUGAGAAGAACUUUCAGCACCACUAGUUCACCCACAGAUGUUUCCACCUGUUCAUAGUUUGUCUAUAAUUUCAAUUUUAGCAGAAAUGUUUGUGUACAUUUUCCUUUUUUAGAAGAAUAAGACUUUAUAAAUAUUCUGUAUGGAUUCAAUAGAC